UCGAACGUCAUGCGUCUCAUUAACUUUUGGAAAAAAUUGAGAAAAAUCGAUGUUCUAAACAACGAUCUUUCUUCUCGAUCCAUUACGAAUCGAUGCAAACAUAUUAUUUAUGGGGACGACGUGAUUGCAGGGAAAAAAAAUUCCCAACCGAUAAUAGCAUUGGAAUCAACCAUUAUAACCCAUGGGAUGCCUUUUCCUGAAAACUUUAAUACCGCAAUUAAAGUCGAAGAUGCUGUGAGAAAACAAGGAGCAGUACCUGCGACAAUAGGAAUUAUAAAUGGAAAGAUACACGUUGGUCUUGAUAGUGAACACUUGGAAAUAUUGUCUAAAACAAAUUCUGCUAUUAAAUGUUCAGCCAGAGAUUUAUCCUCUGUUGCAUUGCAAAAAUUGAAUGGAGGAACUACAGUCAGUGCUACAAUGUCUAUAGCAAAUUUAGCAGGCAUACCAGUUAUGGCUACAGGUGGUAUAGGUGGUGUACAUAGAGAAGCAGAAACUACCUUUGAUAUAAGUACAGACUUAAUAGAACUCAGUCGUACACCCAUUGCUGUUGUUUGUUCCGGUGUUAAAUCUAUUUUGGAUAUUGACAAAACAUUAGAAUAUCUAGAAACUCAAGGAGUACCCGUUGUAAAUAUUGGCCAUACAUAUAAUUUCCCAGCUUUCUAUUGUGCUGAAACAUAUGAUAAAAUAAAAGCUCCAUUUAAAGUAACAAAUUCUAAAGAUGCAGCAGAUUUUGUAAGAAUACAAAGAGAAUUGAAUCUUUCCACAGGCAUAUUAUUAGCUGUUUCUGUUCCCAAAGAGCAUGCAUUAAAUCCUAAUGAAGUUGAAAUAGAAAUAAGUAAAGCUUUAGAAAAGGCUAAACGUAUGCGUAUAAAAGGAAAGAACGUUACACCAUUAUUAUUGAAAGAACUUAAUGAAAUAACAAGUGGCAAGUUUCUUAAGACUAAUAUUGCACUUAUAGAAAAUAAUGCUAAAGUUGCAGCAGAAGUAGCAAAAUAUCUUUAUGAAGGAACUCAAGCUUCUACUUUAUCUCAACAUUCCAAACACUUACCAGCAUUUAACAGAAGUCCUGUAGUAGUAGGUGCUGCAAUUCUGGAUACCAUUUUGCAAGUGGAGGAUUCUGAGAUAAAACUCGAUGGUAGAAUGCACGCAGGUCACAGUCGGCAAAGUUGCGGUGGGGUCGGCCGUAACGUAGCCGAUGCUUUGAUCAAGCUAGGAGCCCACGAUACGCGCUUUAUUUCUGUCGUUGGCAACGACGAGCCUGGGACAGCUAUAUUCCAGAGUUUGAAGGGAGGCGGUGGAACCUUGAAACGUUCGUCCGAUGUGUCCACGGCUAGCUGUACCGUCGUGGUCGAUGCCAAAGGUGAAUGUUGUUUCAUCGUAGGCGAAAUGGAAGCUUUUGCUGCCAUUGAUAUUAAUUUAAUAAAAAAAUAUCAAACGCAAUUGGAGGCAGCCAGUAUUAUCGUCAUCGAUGCCAAUUUACCCACGGAAACUAUGGCAUUGACCUUGGAUAUCGCCUCCCACGCGAAAAUUCCAGUUUGGUACGAGCCAACGGACGUAAAUAUAGCAACAAAAUUAUUCGAAAUUGGAUCGCAAUGGGAAAAUACGUUGCAUUUUAUAUCGCCAAAUAAAAACGAAUUAUUAGCCAUAAGUAGAUUCUUGGGUAUACCAGUGCCUGACAAUAAAUUAAUUAUUACAUUGGAUGAUGUAAACGAAAUGGCGAAUCAUUUAGCAAAAUAUAUUCCAGUGAUCAUAAGCACUUUGGGAUCAGAAGGUGUUUUGAUUACACGUGAAGCUAAAAAAACUGAUCCAUUUUAUGACAAACACGGUGUACUGAUUAAGAAUGGUGCAAUUAAUUCUCACUUAUACAAACCAUUAUCUCAUGUUUCCAAAAUUCCCUAUAAAAUAUUCAGUGCUAGUGGUUGCGGAGAUUGUUUUGCCGCAGGAAUAAUAUACGGUAUUCAUAAUAAUCUAAACGAAGAAAAUUGUGUAAAUUUAGCUCUUAAAGCUGCUGAUCUAUCUUUAAGAUCUCACGAAGCUGUGCCUUCAACAUUGUCGAGCCUUAAUGAAAAGUUUCUAUGUCAUUAAUAUACGUAUAAAAUAAUUGUCAUUUUUAUAUUAUUUUUAAUAAAAUGAUUGAAAAUAAAAAA